AUGUACAAUAGACUGUAUCUAGGAAGAUGUGUACUUAAACCAAAAUUUGAGGAAACAGUUAAAGGGUUUAUCACGUGGGCAUUUGCUCAAGAAUGUUAUCGAAGCGAAGCAGGAGUAAGAUGUCUUUGUCUUAAUUGUGAAUGUAGACCUAUAAUUAUUGAUCCAGAGGAAGUAGAACGUCACUUGAAGAAAAGGAGUUUCAUUAAAAAUUAUUGGGUUUGGACAUAUGAUGGAGAAGAAAUGUCGAGUAACGUAUCAGAGAUAACUAAUAUGCAUGCUUCAAGUAGUCGAACACAUAUGGAAUAUGAUGGACAAUUUAAUCUGAUUGGUGAGAUGGUUGGCGAUGCUUUUGGGGUGAUUGCGACCUAUGAUGAAUCUGAAGAUUUUGAAGGGGAAAAGUUGCCGAAUGAGGAAACACAAAAUUUUCAUCACUUGUUGAAAUAA